AUCAAUCAGACGCGCUACGGACCGCUCACCACGGCUCCCAUUGCUUGCUCGAUCGAGACUAAGUCUGAGAGUGCGAGGACAGGUGGAUUGACGCAAUUGGGUCUGUGGGUUGCCGCAUGGCACAAAAAGAUGCAUGCCAUACAGGACUUCCUGUCGACGGACCUCGCGAGGCGACCGAACGCUCACGACAGGAUUCCCUCCAGCCUCCUUAUCCAGGUCGUUGAUCACGAUUGGACUCUGUUCUUCGCCUGCGACAACGCCUCUGCCAUCACUUUGCAUGGGCCUACGAAGAUUGGGUCAACAACUAGCCUCGAAGAGGCACGGGCUCUCGUGGCAUCACUUGAGGUGAUCAAGGCAUGGAUGGAGACGACCUUUCGUGAG